AUGACCUCUACCGCUGCCCCUGCAGCCUCCUCCUCCGAAUCUCCCUCGGCUCCCACACCUCCGCCAUCUGCCACCCUGCUGUCAGGCGCCCUCUCCGGGCUAGCCUCCUGCGUCCUUCUCCAGCCCCUCGACUUGCUCAAGACUCGUCUGCAGCAAGCCAAUACCCCCAGCGCACGCAUAGGUGGCAAGACGAAGCGACUGCUCCGGACCGUGGAUGAUGUUGUGAAAAAGGACGGAGUGGUGGGACUUUGGAGGGGGACACUGCCAACUGUGCUGAGAAACGUCCCUGGAGUCGCCCUUUACUUCUACUCGGUAACAGAAGCUCGGCGUGCCCUCUCUCUCAAACCAAUCCCCUACCUCUCCUCUCCCUCCUCUUCUUCUGGCUCCAACCCCUCACGCACAUUAGCCACCCCAACUCUAGCAGGCAAUCUCCUCUCCGGUGCAACCUCGCGCGUCUUUGUCGGCUUUCUCCUCUGUCCCAUCACAGUCAUCAAGACGCGCUUUGAGUCUUCGAACUUUACAGCAGCACAAAAUGCCACUCUUCUAGUCUCUUUACGAUCCAUUUGGGCAGAGGCGGGAGUCAAAGGAUUGUUUAGAGGAUUUUGGGCAACGGCAUUGAGAGAUGCUCCUUAUGCUGGAUUAUAUCUGGGAUUUUAUGAAGAGGGAAAGACACUACUGAGGAGGAUAGAUGGUCUGGGAGGUGGAGAGGGCGAAGAAUGGAAGGCGAGGAUGGGGAGUGGCCUAAUAGCCGGCACUCUCGCCACCCUCCUCACCCACCCCUUUGACAUAAUCAAGACCCGCCUUCAAUCCUCUCCCCACCCUCUUCCUCUUCCCACACCCUCUACCCUCCUGAGCAAUUCCUCCACUCUCCUCUCCCCAUCUCCUCAAGCAAGAGUUUCUAUCCUCUCCACUCUCCGUUCCAUCCUAUCAGAAGGAGGCUCCUCUUCCCUCUUUCUAGAUGGACUAGGAUUGCGUUGUGCACGAAAAGCGGCUAGCUCGGCAAUUGGGUGGGGAAUCUUUGAAGCUGGGAGGGAUCUUUGGGUACAGAGGGAAUUGGGGAGGAGGGAGAGGGAGACCGAGAGGGGGACGAGAAUGGAGAGGUAG